AUGGAGAAAAAGGUGGAUAUAAGCUCUCCGGUUGGAGUUCUUGAAGACUACUUUAGGAGUGAGGAAUCGGAAAGUUGUUCUUCAAAAGGACUCACAUCGGAUGAGUCCGCUCAAAAAGUUUCAAAGCGAGCUUCUUGUUGGCAAGGAUUUGUCAAAUUACUUAGAAGUAGAUCGAAGAAUCCUAUAGGAACAUUGCAUCCUCUCGAAAAUCUAAUUGGAAAAGACGAUUAUGCCAAAGUUUACAAAGGGUGUUUGCAAAAUGAAAAAAUUGUAGCAAUUAAACGACCAACACAAGGAACAAUUGAUGAGAUUAUUGGGGACUUUUUAUUCGAGAUGGGGAUUUUGGCCCAUAUGAACCAUCCUAAUAUAGCUAAGUUGAUUGGCUAUGGAGUUGAAGGAGGAAUGCACCUUGUUCUUGAAUUGUACGCACAUGGCGGCUUAGCUUCGUGCUUUAUGGUUAGUUCAUGA